UUUUCAUUUCGUUUCGAACGCGAGAACCGUGCGGACGUGUGCGGUUGGAACAGAGCUGAAACUGAAACAGAAACAGAGGCAGAAGUCGGGAAGCAACGGUGAACUGAACAGCCCGCAGCACCAACUUCUCUUUACGCUCUCGCCGCCACCGCCGCCGCACCCCCUCACCUUAACCCUCAACAGGCGGCCACCGAAAGGGAAAAAGACCACAAGUUAUUAGAAACAAAUUAAAUGUGAGACCCCCAGUUUUGAGUCAAUUGUGUGCCUAAAAACCAAACAAACAAACUUGGCAAUUUUUGUUGGAUUUUUUUAAAUGUGUUGAACGUGCAAAUUGUAAUCAAAAGCUCGAAAAUUCAAAAGUCCUGGAUUAUUUUGAAUUUUAUUUUUGGCAACAACAAAGACAAAAUACAAAUUACAAAAACAAAAAACAAAAACAGACCCAAAGGAAGCGGCUGCGUCGACUAACGGUAAACAGCCAAGUGAAAUCUCAGGCAAAAAAGUAAAGAAAGGAAAAAGCAAAGGCAGACAGAAGAAGAAGCAGCAGCAGCAAGUGCAGGAGAGCAAAAAGAGAGUUCGUGUGUGUGUGUGUGUGUGUGUGCGAGUGUGCGUGUGUGAUUACUUCCUUAUUCAGAAUAAUUUAUUGAAAAUAAAAAUAGAAAAUAAUUUUCAAUCAAAAACAAAAUCAAAGUUGUUUUCACUCGAGGAAGAGGAAAGAAAUCAAAGACAAGACAAGCAAACAGACAAAAACAAAGGCACAUACAACACACGCUCGCUUUUGCUCUUUGAAAAACGCACAAUGACCUUGCCCACAAACACACACGCAUCUGCAAACGACGCCGGCAGCGGCCACAACAACAACCACACCAACAGCAGCCACAACAAUAACAGCAACAACAACAACGGCAGCAGCAGCAGCAGCAGCAGCGACGAAGAUUCGGACAUGUUUGGACCUCCCCGCUGCUCCCCGCCCAUCGGCUACCACCACCACCGCUCCCGAGUGCCCAUGAUCUCCCCGAAGCUGCGGCAGCGCGAGGAGCGCAAGCGGAUCCUCCAGCUCUGCGCCCACAAGCUGGAGCGGAUCAAGGACUCGGAGGCGAAUCUGCGGCGGAGCGUCUGCAUCAACAACACCUACUGCCGACUGACCGACGAGCUGCGCCGCGAGAAGCAAAUGCGAUACCUCCAGAAUCUGCCCAGAACCAGCGACAGCGGCUCAACUGCCGAACUGGCGCGUGAGAAUCUCUUCCAGCCGAACAUGGACGAUGCCAAGCCGGCCAGCAAUAGCACUAGCAAUAUGAACAACGCUAAUGGCGGCAAGUCCUCAUCAUCCUUCGGCGAUGCCUUUGGAGCCUCGAACGGAUCCUCUUCGGGUCGUGGUGGUGGGAUCUGCUCCUUGGAGAACCAACCGCCCGAACGUCAGCAGCUGGUUACGCCCGCUGGGGCCUCGGCGCCGGAGGCUGCCAAUUCGGCGCCCCUUUCCGUUUCUGGUUCGGCAUCGGAGCGGGUGAAUAACCGGAAACGCCACCUGUCCAGCAGCAAUUUGGUCAACGAUCUGGAGAUACUCGACAGGGAACUGAGCGCCAUCAAUGCGCCCAUGCUACUCAUCGAUCCGGAGAUCACCCAAGGUGCCGAGCAGCUGGAGAAGGCGGCCCUGUCCGCCAGCCGAAAGAGAUUAAGGAGCAACAGCAGCAGCGAGGACGAAAGCGAUCGGUUGGUGCGCGAGGCUCUGUCCCAGUUUUAUAUACCGCCGCAGCGCCUGAUCUCUGCCAUUGAGGAGUGUCCACUCGAUGUGGUCGGGCUCGGCAUGGGAAUGAAUGUGAAUGUGGGAGGCAUCGGUGGAAUCGGUGGAAUCGGAGGACUCGGAGGAGCUGCAGGCGCUGGCGUCGAAGUUUCCGGUGGCAAACGGAUGAAGCUGAAUGACCAUCAUCAUCUAAACCACCACCAUCACUUGCAUCACCAUCUGGAGCUGGUCGAUUUCGAUAUGAACCAAAACCAAAAGGAUUUCGAGGUGAUCAUGGAUGCCCUGAGGCUUGGGACGCCGACGCCGCCGAGCGGCGCCAGCAGCGAUUCCUGCGGACAGGCGGCAAUGAUGAGCGAGUCGGCCAGCGUUUUCCACAACCUGGUGGUCACCUCGCUGGAGACAUGAAAGUACCAGUGAAUCCCCGAGCAGCAGACAAAGAUUAAAGAGUUUACAUUUUAUAUAAGACACUUGCGUACAGUUUUUAAGGAAACAUUUAGGCUAUGACACAUGUAGUAACCUUAAGCUAUUAUAAAGGAAGGAUGGGUGUAUGAAAAUCGGCCGGAUUGGCCAGUAUUACUCAUUAAUGGCAGUCGCGAUUUGUACAAACAAAAAUACACAAAAUAGUAGUAGGCAAAGGAAAAAACAAAACAAAAAUCAAAGAAUUUGUAGUCAAAACAGCAGAAACAAACAAAACCAGAACAAUCUAUAAGUUAAAUUUAAAGUAACAUGAAAAUGAACUCCAUACUUGUACCAAAUCAACAAAAAUUCAGUUGUGGUUUCCAUUUCGGUUUCGUAGAGAGCUCCGUUUAUAUGUACGAAAGUUGAGCAGAAAACUUCCAAGUAAACGAAGGGCUAUAUAAGCCAAGCACAUUCCAAAAUGCUACAUGUUGUAACCCAAAAUUUGUUCCUCCUGAAUUUUUGUUUUUGUGUCUUACACUAUCCAUUGGAUAUUUGAAAAUAUCUCAUGCGUAACAUCAAAAUACAUUUUGCAUUUAGGAAGUAAAUAUAUUUUUUUAAAAGAAGACCCACAGAAGUUCUCCUAGUCAUAAAAAAGAAAACAAACGAAAGAGAACGCAACGCUAUCCAAAUUAAAAUUAAACAAGAACAACAAUGCAAGGUUUCAUUUUAUUAGAUUCCAAAAUAAAUUCGUUUAUUAAUCUUGAUUUGUUCCCAUUUUUGCCUCUGCACAAACACACAAGAUGAAGACAAUGUUCUGACAAGAAAUCUGAGACGUGAAAGCAAAUUAAAAUAGCAAUUUCAACAAAAAACAAAACCACAAAAAUAUUAUACAAAAAAGUGCAAUUAGAAUUUUUUAAAAUAUUGAAAGCAAGCCUCAAAAACAAAAAAGAAAAAAACCAACAAAAGUGCAUUCAAAAAGAUUUAAAUACGAAUCGGGCAAAUUAACAAAUUAUUAAAUUAAUAAUUAGUAGUAAUAAUAUAGACCGUUUAAGGAAAACAAACAAAAACUGCAAAAAAACAAAACAAUUUUUUCUUCGAAAAAAAUUACGGCUGUGAUAGAAUUUUAAGUUUUUUGGCUAAACACAAAAAGUUACCAUUAAUAAGCAAAACAAAAAGUACUACAAAAAUAUACCAGGCAUAAAAUCAUGAAUAUUAUGAUCUAUGUGUAAAAUGAACAUUUAGUAUUAGAAAAAAGCAAAGCAAAACAAAACUAAUUGUGUAGAAGAAAAGCGCGAGCUGUACUUUCUUUCAGCGAGAGAGAGGCGAAAGAGAGAAUCUCUCAACUUUCGCUCGCUCGGCUUUCAUUGAUUUUAUAUAUAUAUAUAUAUCUAUAUAUAUACAGAUAUACAAAUAUUUUUUGCAUUUUCUUUAAGUCGCCUCGCCUCGCCUAAGCUUUCGUUUUCGUUUCACGUUUUUCGCUUUUGUUUAUGUUCGCGUCUUUUGGCCCAAAAGAAACCCGACCACAAACCAAUCUGUUCCCCCAUAAAAAUCGUACGUAGAGAUGGUUAGGAUAUAUUCCUUUUUAUAGGCGGUUACAGGGGCGGGAAGUCAAAGACUAAAGACUCAAAGAAUCUAGAGAGCAGGUCCUGCAUCGAUCACUUCGUCGAUUUUACUGUUGUCCCCCAUUAACACAUUUUGUUUAAUGCUUAAGUUUUUGAUGAUUAUUUUUGAUAUAAUUAUGUAAUCAUUGUGCGUUUUUACCUAGAAAAAUUACUUAGCCUAUGUGCGUACAUUAUCAUAUGUAUUUCCAUUUUAGUUAAUAUUCCUACAUAUACACACUACAUAGAUAAACCAAUAUAUACAUUACAUAUAUAGUGUUCUGCGCCCGAUCCCGUAUUGAUCGCGUCGCAGGCGAACUAUUAAGCAUUCAAAGCUAUGCAACAAAGGCAAAAUAAAUUAUACAAAAAAAUACCGAAAAAUAUGUUUUUAUUUCGUUUUUGGUUCUUAAGAUGGUUGAUUUUUGUACGAAGGUAUUGCUAUAACUUGUGUUCGAGUUUGACUGAUUUUUCUUUUGGAGUAUGUUCGAUGUUUUGAUGUUUGUUUCUGGACCAGUCUUGAAUAGGAUAAAUGGCUUAGUGAUAAGGCGUUUGAACCAUUGCGAUUGAGCAAUUUCGAUGGACCUUAGCCAUAGUGGCGAUUGCCCAAUAGCUGCGUACCUCUGUGAGAUCAUCGUCGUGACUUCGAGGCCCGAAAAUUCGUCUGUGGUUGACCUAGCCCAGGGUUAAGCCUCUGGCUUUGUUUUUUGUAUACAUAUUUGGGGGUCAAAUUUAUUGAAAGCAAACGAUCAACACACUCGAAAUUGUUCCGUUGACUGCAUUCCGCUGGCAUAUGUUCGUAUUCUCGCUUUGAAUGCCAAAUUUUUGGACCGACGCGACGCUCUCCCCGCUUUUAGAUGGGUCUUUGGCUUUAGCUUUCGUUUUUUUCGGGCUUUGGGUUUUCGGUCUUUUUGGUUUUGGCCAAUGCCGCUCUCGUUCAACGACUCUUGAUUCGUGGCCUUGGUUUCCAGGCCAAUGGAAUCAGUAUGAUGUUCUUGAUGUGGGAGUUUUAGUGCAUGGCGUGAUCUCCAUGCAGUGGCAAACACGCCAGACUUCCUGUAUUUCGGAGCAAUAGCAUUCUGUUUUUUUUUACCAAAUCAUAACUGAUAGAAGCAGAUUUUCACGUAUUACUUAAUUUACAAAGAUUAUACCUCUAGCAUAUUAAAAGUUGGGUACCAAAUUGUAAAAGAUUUUGAUUUCACUAAUUGGACAGUAGCAUUGGGGGAACAGAUAGUAAAAUACGUUAUGUGGGCCAACUAUGAUUUGCCAACUGAAUAAUACCUCUUAAUCUAUGGACCAGUCUCUCUAGCACAUACACAUACAUAUAAAUAUAACUAUAUUAACUGGAUUUCUGAUCAAAGAAUUGUAGCUAAAAAGUUGGAAAAGACGGCUUUCCUCUUUUGUUCUUCAUUUGAAUGUUCCAAAAAUGAUUUAACUUAAUAGAGAUUAUAUAUAUAUAUAUUUAGUAUAUACAUACAUGUAGACGAGUUAAGGAUACAUAAGUGCUUUUUAAUGGAAUAUAUAGACCGCAAAGAGAAAUAACAACUCACAAUGUGAGGAAAAGUAACAUUGUAUUGAAUGACAAAUGACAUAUGAACUAAAUAUACAGAGCCUAGAUGUACGUAUUUAUUAUGAGUUGCUUUUAGUGUGAUAAUUCAUUAGCGAAGGUCAUAAGUGAACAAUUUGCAAAUAAAUUCUAAGAAAAGCAUAUAAA